AUUUUAUAUACAUAUUUUUUUAAUUAAUAAAUAAAAAUAACCACCACGACCAUUUUAUUUUUUUAAAACAAAAUAUAUUUAUUUAAUAUUGUGUAUUUUUAGUAAUAAAUAAAAAAUUAUAUAUUUAUAUAUAUAGUUUAAUUAAAAAAAAAAAAAAAACUAUAAAAAUCAAAUGCAAGAACCAAUUGAUAUAACACCUUCAGACCAAAAUUUUAUAUACGAACAAUUAGCACCAUUGGGUGGAUUAUUUGGUGAAGAAGUAACAUGUCAAUGUCCAAUUUAUUCAACAGAAGAAGAUAAGGAUCGAGAAUUAUCACAAAGUAUAUUAGUUAUAGGAAAAUAUAGGGUUUUAUUAAUAAAAAAAGAAAAGAAUACAAGAAAAGUUAAAAAAUCUAUUCACUUAUAUGACUUGAUAGAAAUUUCAGAACCAGAAAUCAAUGCAAGUUUUUUUGGGGAACCAAAUACAAUCGAAAUUAAAUAUAAAGAUAAUUCACCUUCAAAUAAAGAUAGUGGCAAUAACAGCAAUAUAAAAUCAUUUUUAAUUAAAUCGCCAAAUAAAGAAAUUGAAAUUAUUAUAAUUAAAACAUUGGCAUUAACAUCAUUUUCCAUUUCAAAAGGAUUCCCAGAAAAUUAUUUAUUAAAGAUUAAAUUACCAACUACCAGAUACCCACAUUUAAAGUUUGAUCAUGAAAUUGGUAUCCAAGAUGGCAAGGGUAUUGCAGAACAAUAUAUAGCGCACAGCCAUUAUUUUAACACAAAGUCAACAUUAGAUUAUUUACGUCACUUGGAAACACUUUAUUUAACAAGAUAUCCAGAGUUAGAUUUUUCAGAGAUUCCAGGUAUUGACCCAACAUGUUCCCUUAAUUUCAAUCUAUAUACCUCAAUCAUUACACUUCGUCAUAAUAAUUUUAUUCGUUCACUCAAACUAUCUAGCUUACCACAUGUUAAUAUUACUGCUGCUGUAGGUGAAAUGAUGCUAACUAAUACAACCAUCACAGAAUUAACAUUGUCAAAUCUUUUAACCGAACAAUCUUUUGCCCCAAUUGGUAACUUUUUAAAAUAUAAUCCAUAUACAAGUUUACAAGUUUUAAACCUCUCAAAUAAUAUAAUGGCCUAUGACUCAGUAGUUUCACUCUGCGAUGGUUUGGCUCAUUUCAAUCACUCUUUGGUUACAUUAAAUUUGGCAAGUUGUCAAAUACCUUCAAAAGGAAUUGCUUUACUUUUUGAUUCGCUCCAAAAGAACUUUGCCAUGUCGUUAACUUUGGAAGUACUUGUAUUAUCAGAUAAUAGAUUCCAAGACGCUGGUAGUAAAGCAUUUGCUUCAUGGUUAAGUAAAAUUAAAGGCGAAAAUAGUUUAAGAAAGUUAAUUUUAUCAAAUACUCAAUUAAAUAUAUCUGUAAUUGCUCCUCCACUUCGUACUCUUUCUUUGGAAAGUUUAGAUUUAUCAAAAAAUUCAAUGAGCAUUUCAACUGCUCGUAGUUUAGCAGUCGAUGCACUAGAAUCCAUCCCAUCACUAAAAUAUUUAAAUCUUUCAAAUUGUGGGCUCGUUGGUGAUUCCGUACAAACUAUACUUGUUGCUUUAGCCAAUAAUAAGAAUUCUAUAAAGAACCUCACUGUCAACUUUCAAUCUAAUGGCUUUGCCAAUAAAACCUAUUUGGCAUUAAUUUCUGUUUUACCAAGCUGCAAGGGAUUUUUAAGAGGUUUAGAUUUAUCAUUUAAUAGCUUCAAUAGUAAACAGCUUCAAGACAUUGUUCAUUGUUUGUUAGGCAGUAAUUUGGAAUCAUUGGAUAUUGGUAAUAAUUAUAUGGAUGAAGCAUUAGCUAACAAAUUAAUAGAAUUGGUCAAAGAGAAUGGUAUUCAAAAACUAGGAUUUGGUCAUUUAAAUAAACCUUUGGGAUCAUCAUUACACGAAUUAAUUGCUGCUCUUGGAACUUGUAAAUCAAUUCAGGUAUUGGAUUUAAUGGGUAAUGGUUUAGAUGACCAAGGUGCAUGUAUUUUAGCAGAUUGUAUUCGUCAUAGUAAAUCACUUAAACGUGUUUAUAUAGCAGGAAAUAAAUUUACAGCUGUUGGUUGGCAAAGUAUUUCAUCACCAUUGCUCUAUUAUAGAAAUACAUCGUUGGUCCACAUUGACCUUCCAUUAAUGACCGAUGUUAUACUUGUCAGCGAUUCAAACCCAACACCAUUAACACCAGUGAAGCGUGAACUACUUCAAAUGACAAUCACCAAAAUUCGUAAUCAAUUAUCUCUCAACAAAAAUAAAGUACCAUCAUCUUCAAGAUUCGCCUAUUUACCUCAAACUGAUCCACCACUUUACGUUAAACCAGUUGCAAAUGUACCAGAAUAUCUCUCUCAAUAUGUACUAUCACCUGUAGAACAGAAACUUUUAGAAAAAGUAAAUUUAAAUAGUAAUAACAAUACUUCUAAUGGUAGCAUUAAAAUCAACUUAAAUGUUCAAUCUGGUACCAGUUCAAUUGGAUCAAGUAGUUCAAAUGGUGGCUCUUUAAGACCCUCUUUAUCCUCAAUUUUUACAAAACCAAUUAAUUUAAUAAAUGACAUUAGAAGUGGUGAAUUAACUCUUGGUGGUAAUAGUAGCGCAAACAAUUCAAGAUUAAAUUCCCCAGUACAUUUCGGUGACGAUGAUUGGAAAGGUAAUCGUAAUGAUGAUGAUAGACAAGAAAAUAAAUAAACAAAUAAAUAAAUAUAAAAUAUAUCUUAUUUUUUUUU